CCCUGCCGCAGCUGCAGCCACGCGCUGGCUGCUCAUGUUUCUCACCUGGAGAAUGUGUCUGAAGAAGAAAUGAACAGGCUGCUGGGGAUUGUAUUGGAUGUGGAGUAUCUGUUCACCUGUGUCCACAAAGAAGAAGAUGCAGACACCAAGCAAGUUUAUUUCUACCUAUUCAAACUUUUGAGGAAGUGCAUUUUACAGAUGGGAAAACCGGUAGUAGAAGGAUCUUUGGAAAGUCCCCCAUUUGAGAAACCUAGCAUUGAACAGGGUGUGAAUAACUUCGUGCAGUACAAGUUUAGCCACUUACCCUCGAAGGAAAGGCAGACAAUAGUGGAGCUAGCUAAAAUGUUUCUGAACCGCAUUAACUACUGGCACCUGGAGACACCUUCUCAGCGAAGACUAAGGUCACCCAAUGAUGAUAUUGCAGGAUAUAAAGUGAAUUAUACCAGGUGGCUUUGUUAUUGCAAUGUCCCUCAGUUCUGUGACAGUCUACCUCGGUAUGAAACCACCCAGGUUUUUGGUAGGACAUUGCUUCGCUCCGUUUUUACUGUAAUGAGACGGCAGCUGCUAGAACAGGCCAGGCAAGAAAAAGACAAGCUUCCUCAAGAAAAACGAACACUAAUCCUCACUCAUUUUCCAAAGUUUCUGUCUAUGCUGGAAGAAGAAGUGUACAGCCAGAAUUCUCCCAUUUGGGAUCAAGAUUUCAUGGCAUCUAGUUCCCGAACUGGCCAACUGGGAAUCCAGACAGUUAUCAGUCCACCUCCUGUUGCAAGAUCUGUUGCAUACAGUGCAAGUCCUUCAUCUCUGGAGCAGCCCAACAGUGGGAAUAUGAGUCCUGCUUGCAAAGUUGCUUCUGCCCUUGACCCAAACUUAGGGGAAAAGAGGAAAAAUAAUGAACCCUAUUCUCUGGAGGAUUCCAAAAGACCAAGGGUUGUAGGAGAUAUUCCUAUUGAGUUAAUCAAUGAAGUAAUGUCAACAAUUACAGAUCCUGCAGCAAUGCUUGGGCCAGAGACCAAUUUCCUCUCAGCACACUCAGCCCGGGAUGAGGCAGCGAGGCUGGAGGAGCGCAGAGGGGUGAUCGAAUUCCAUGUGGUUGGCAACUCUCUGAACCAGAAGCCCAACAAGAAGAUCAUGAUGUGGCUGGUUGGUUUGCAGAAUGUGUUCUCCCAUCAGCUGCCUCGAAUGCCGAAGGAAUACAUCACACGCUUGGUCUUUGAUCCGAAACACAAAACCCUUGCAUUAAUAAAAGAUGGUCGUGUUAUCGGUGGUAUCUGCUUCCGGAUGUUCCCCUCCCAAGGAUUUACGGAGAUUGUUUUCUGUGCUGUGACUUCCAAUGAGCAAGUCAAGGGUUAUGGGACUCACCUAAUGAACCAUCUGAAGGAGUACCACAUCAAACAUAACAUCCUCAACUUUCUCACAUAUGCAGAUGAAUAUGCUAUCGGUUACUUCAAGAAACAAGGUUUCUCCAAAGAUAUUAAAGUACCAAAAGCAAAAUAUGUUGGCUACAUCAAGGAUUAUGAGGGUGCCACAUUGAUGGGAUGUGAACUAAAUCCAAGGAUCCCCUACACAGAAUUUUCUGUCAUCAUCAAAAAGCAAAAAGAGAUCAUUAAAAAGCUCAUAGAAAGGAAACAAGCUCAAAUACGGAAAGUUUAUCCUGGCCUUUCUUGCUUCAAAGAUGGAGUACGGCAGAUUCCUAUAGAAAGCAUUCCUGGAAUUAGAGAGACUGGCUGGAAACCAAGUGGAAAAGAAAGGGGUAAGGAGCCCAAGGAUCCAGAUCAACUUUAUAGCACCUUAAAAACCAUCCUGCAGCAGGUGAAGAGCCAUCAAAGCGCUUGGCCCUUCAUGGAACCUGUGAAGAGAACAGAAGCUCCUGGAUAUUAUGAAGUUAUAAGGUUUCCCAUGGAUCUCAAAACAAUGAGCGAGCGCCUCAAGAACAGGUACUACGUGUCUAAGAAAUUAUUCAUGGCAGACUUGCAGCGAGUCUUUACAAACUGCAGAGAGUACAACCCCCCUGAGAGUGAAUACUACAAAUGUGCCAACAUACUGGAGAAAUUCUUCUACACAAAAAUUAAAGAAGCUGGAUUAAUUGACAAGUGACACUGUCUUUUUUACAACCAAAUAGUGUGCCUACAUUAUGGGCAGGGGAAGCCAUUCUAUAUGAGUCGUGGGAC